AUGAAAGUUUUCCACAUCAACUGGACAUCAUGGGAAAAUCCUCACAACUCCAGCAACAUGAUCUGCAACGACAGCGAGAGAAGAAACGACACUGAUGGGAACUCUGGAGAUUACAGUGGAUUCUCAGACUGGAUCAAUUUGAUCACCAUUGGGAUUGGACUUCCUUUGACUCUGAUGCUCAUCGCUGCAGUAGUUUUGCAGUUGAAAAAGGAUCAGGGAUCUCCAGUCUACAUCAUCAACCUUUUCAUUUCUGAUCUCCUUCAGCUCUGCAGCAGAAUUCCUAUGAUUUUGUCUGUGGAUGAUGUCAUCCCUGGUUUCUUCUGUAUCUGGGGAAUAUUAGUCAGUGUGGGAUUCAUGAUGUGCAUCUCAGUGGAAAGGUAUCUGGUCAUUGCCAAAGCAGUUUGGUACAAGUUCAGGAGAAACAGAAAAACAUAUGUUGUGGUCUGCAUUGUGGUCUGGGUCCUCCCUCUUCCUUUAUUGUUGGCUAUUCAGUUCAAUCCAUUCAUGAAGAUAUAUACAUACAUCUUGACCUUUAUUUUCCUCCUGCCCUUCCCCUUGUUCAUCUUCUUCUUGUGUGGAACCAUCAGAGCUCUGUCUGCAGCUCACCGAGUUCCUGCUGAUGAGAAAAGAAGAAUUGUAGCGAUUCUGGUUGUAGUGCUGCUUAUGUACACAAUACUUUUCUUGCCCAUCAUCGUUUGGUUCCUGUUACAAAACAGUUUGAGUCUUCAGACUGUGGCUUCUAUUUGUAUCUACAUGAGUCCUCUUGCAGACACCAUUUUGUAUUUGCUGAUUCGAAAAAGCCUCCUGGACAAAGUUUUAGCUUCACUGUGUUUCUGUAAAAUGUCUGAUGGUGAGGAGAUGAGCAGCAUGGGAAAUGACAACAUGACUGCUCCAAGUACGGACACUGUUUGA